AUGUAAAUUCCAAUUCUAUUUUUGUUUUGAUAUUUACAGGAUUGGGCCGUGAUAUAUUACUGGCUCUGCGGAUUAGGCUAAUACUAGCACCUAUUCAUAUUUAAUUAUAAAUAAGCUAUCGCUAAGUGUACCGGGUGACCUACGUAGGUACCUAUUGAUUGUAAUUUCAAAUAUGACAGUUAAAAAUUAGUUACAAGUAAUUAUCAAUAUGAACGAUAUAGAGGAAACCAGCACUACGAAUGGUGUAACAGACCUUGAGACGUUGGAUUUUCUUCGCGGCGUCAAGUCGUCUACCUGUUUACUUCUAACUCCAAGCCCUACAACCUUGGACUUUAAGCAUCCACUGUCUGAAGAAAUCAAUGAAGGUCCAUUCUUAAAUUUAAAUGAUGAUAACAAAAGUGUCAACAUUGGAAAUUCAGAAGCCAGUGCUGGAGACUCAAGUUCUUCUGGAGAUUCCAACUCAGUGGUUCAAGAUCCAGUUAGUGCACAACUUAUUAAUAAUAUAAGUAUGCUUGAUUAUCAAACACUUAGUAAGAAUGGUGAUAUAAUUAUGGGACAGCCUGAAGGCAAAGUUCAUGGAAGUAUCAGCUUAAAUAACAGAAAACUGCCAAGCUUUGUGAAUUGGAAUUGGAGUCUCAUUCGAAAAAUUCUUCUUUGGUUUGUCCUAUCGGGGCUUGUUGCUUGCCUGGCCGCUAUUAUAACUAUGGUGGUGACUAUACCCAAAACCUGCAAUCCUGACCUUCCAUGGUAUCAAGGUAAAGUAUUUUAUGAAAUAUUCCCUGCCAGUUUUAAAGAUUCAAACAAUGAUGGCAUAGGAGAUUUAAAAGGAUUAUUAAAAAAAAUAGAUUACAUCAAAGAAUUGGGAGGAUCAACUAUUAGGCUGAAUUAUAUAUUUGAGGCACAUGAUUAUCCUGAACAUUAUUAUAAUACCACAUCUGUGGUACAAAUUGAUAGAAGUAUUGGUAAUUUAAAAGAUUUUCAAGAGCUUGUAUCAACUAUCCAUGAGAGAGAGAUGACUAUCAUACUUGAUAUUCCAGUUUUAAGUGUUGUAGAUUAUGUAACAUUGCCUAUCUCAAAUCACUCACUCGUAGCAGUGAAUGACUCUGUUACAAAGAACAUUGAUGUCACAUCUGCUGCUAUUGCAUAUUGGAGUUCGCAAAAUGUUGAUGGAUUCUAUCUUAAAAAUUUGGAGGAUUUUGUUGAUGAUGUUAACUUUGGGAAAUCCCUUCAAUUUUGGAAAUUAUUAUUAGGAAAUGGAAAAAUAUUAAUGGCUAGUGAACAAGCACUGAAUAUGGCAAAAGGGGAAAGUCUCACUGUUCUGCUGAAUAGAAUAGAUCUUAUUGAUGUUCAUUUGAAUCUGAAUGAGGGCAUUAAUGAUUUGAAAAACCACAUUAACCAAGUAAUUUCUGGUACUCUUUGGGAAAAACCACACUACCCUUGGGUGCAUUGGAAUAUAGGAAAUAUAAAUAGUGAAAGAGUGUCAACAAACAAUAUCAAUAAUACUCUAGCAUUGACCGCUCUGGAGCUUAUGCUACCAGGAACAAUAGGUAUAUUUUAUGGAGAUGAAAUAGGAUUAGGCAGUCUAGCAAAACAUGAAAUAGAAGGUGAUUUCCAUGAACAUGAGCAUAUCCAUAAUCUUGUUCCGAUGACUUUUACCAACAAUGAAAACAGCAAUAAUGGAGUUUUACCAUGGACUGAUAAAUCUGUUUUAGAACCAAGAUAUCACUUUUUGUCUAUCAUCAAACAAUUUAUUCAAUUGCGGCUGGAUACUCCAACCAUAUAUUUGAGGGCAAUUUAUAAGGAUGGAGAUAUAUUGAAAAAUAUGGAAAUUCGAGAAUCAGAUGAUAAUCUUGUGGUUAUUGAACGUUGGUAUCCACGGCGAAACACAUGUGUAUUUGUGGGCAACCUUGGUAAUAAGGCAAUAACAACAGAUUUGUCUACUAUGUUUUAUGGGGGCAUGGUUGUAGGUGGCACAAACAUUUCCCUUGUUGGUGAAGUUCUAUACUUUGAUAAGGUCACCUUCCCUCCAAAUUCAGCUAUCAUAUUAAAAUUAGAAAAGUAACAUAACUAUGCAGUACCAAAACAUUUCAGGAGCAUGUCUGUUAUUUAAUUUGAUAGAAAAAUUUUUAUAGCAAAUUCGUGUGAGUUUGUAAGAUUACACUAUUAUUUAAUACUAAAAAUGAAAUGCCAAAAGUGUGACCAUGUUUUAGUCAUGUUACUGUUCCUUGAUUAGUAUAGUUUUAUGAAUGUGUAAAAAAAUUAUUUGGGUAUAAAAGUGUUUAUUAUAUCUAUGACUUC